AUGAGAGAAGUUAUUUCAAUCCACGUCGGCCAAGCAGGUAUUCAAGUCGGUAACGCUUGUUGGGAACUCUACUGUCUUGAACACGGUAUCCAGCCAGAUGGUCAAAUGCCAAGCGACAAGACCAUCGGAGGAGGAGAUGAUGCCUUCAACACUUUCUUCAGCGAAACUGGAGCUGGCAAACACGUUCCUCGUGCCGUUUUCUUGGACCUCGAACCAACAGUCAUUGAUGAAGUCAGAACUGGAACUUACCGCCAACUUUUCCACCCUGAACAAUUGAUCUCAGGCAAGGAAGACGCAGCCAACAACUUCGCCCGUGGUCACUACACCAUUGGAAAAGAAAUUGUCGACCUUUGCUUAGACAGAAUCAGAAAACUCGCUGACAACUGCACUGGUCUUCAAGGCUUCUUGGUCUUCAACUCAGUCGGAGGUGGCACUGGAUCAGGUCUUGGAUCACUACUUCUUGAAAGACUUUCAGUCGAUUAUGGCAAGAAAUCCAAGCUCGGAUUCACUGUUUACCCAAGCCCUCAAGUCUCAACAGCAGUCGUUGAACCAUACAACUCAGUCCUCUCUACUCACUCCCUUCUUGAACACACUGAUGUUGCAGUUAUGCUUGAUAACGAAGCUAUCUACGAUAUCUGCAGAAGACAACUCGAUAUUGAAAGACCUACUUAUACCAACUUGAACAGACUUAUUGCUCAAGUCAUUUCUUCAUUGACAGCUUCUCUCAGAUUCGAUGGUGCUUUGAACGUCGAUGUCACUGAAUUCCAAACCAACCUUGUCCCAUACCCUAGAAUUCACUUCAUGCUUUCUUCAUACGCCCCUAUCAUCUCAGCUGAAAAGGCAUACCACGAGCAGCUCUCAGUCGCUGAAAUCACCAACUCAGCUUUCGAACCAGCCUCCAUGAUGGCCAAAUGCGACCCAAGACACGGUAAAUACAUGGCUUGCUGUAUGAUGUACAGAGGAGAUGUCGUUCCAAAGGACGUCAAUGCAGCUGUCGCCACCAUCAAGACCAAGAGAACCAUCCAAUUCGUCGAUUGGUGCCCUACUGGCUUCAAAUGUGGAAUUAUUCUUUUUCCAAAAAACUGAUUUUUAUACUAAAUAAUAAUAAAAAUCCAUUUAGUUUCUAUAAUAAGGCAUAACUACCAACCACCAACAGUUGUUCCAGGUGGAGAUUUAUGCUGUUCUAUAUUAUUUACUAUUUAAAUUAUCUUUUAAAUAAGAAGCAUUUAUUUAUAGUAAAAAGUGUAGCCAAAGUCAUGAGAGCUGUCUGCAUGAUCAGCAACUCCACUGCCAUUGCUGAAGUCUUCUCAAGAAUUGACCACAAGUUCGAUUUAAUGUACGCUAAAAGAGCUUUCGUCCACUGGUAUGUCGGAGAAGGUAUGGAAGAAGGAGAAUUCUCUGAAGCCAGAGAAGAUUUGGCCGCUCUUGAAAAGGAUUAUGAAGAAGUCGGCAUUGAAACUGCUGAAGCUGAAGGAGAAGAAGAAGGAUACGGUGAGGAACUCUAA